GCCCCGCCGCCCGCGAGCCCCGCCGAGGUCCGGACAGGCCGAGAUGACGCCGAGCCCCGCGUUGCUGCUGCUGCUGCCGCCGCUGCUGCUGGGGGCCCUCCCUCCGGCCGCCGCCGCCCGAGGCCCCCCGAGGAUGGCGGACAAGGUGGUCCCGCGGCAGGUGGCCCGGCUUGGCCGCACUGUGCGCCUGCAGUGCCCCGUGGAGGGGGACCCGCCGCCACUGACCAUGUGGACCAAAGACGGCCGCACAAUCCAUGGUGGCUGGAGUCGCUUCCGCGUGCUGCCCCAGGGGCUGAAGGUGAAGGAGGUGGAGCGGGAGGACGCGGGCGCCUACGUGUGCAAGGCCACCAAUGGCUUCGGCAGCCUCAGCGUCAACUACACCCUCAUUGUGAUGGAUGACAUCAGCCCGGGGAGGGAGAGCCCAGGGCGUGAUGGCCCCUCGGGGGGCCAGGAGGACCCGGCCAGCAAGCAGUGGGCGCGGCCCCGCUUCACGCAGCCCUCCAAGAUGCGGCGCAGGGUGAUUGCACGGCCCGUGGGCAGCUCUGUGCGGCUCAAGUGCGUGGCCAGCGGGCACCCGCGGCCCGACAUCACGUGGAUGAAGGACGACCAGGCCCUGACUCGCCCAGAGGCCAGCGAGCACAGGAGGAAGAAGUGGACGCUGAGCCUGAAGAACCUGCGCCCCGAGGACAGUGGCAGAUAUACCUGCCGCGUGUCCAACUCUGCAGGCGCCAUCAACGCCACCUACAAGGUGGACGUGAUCCAGCGGACGCGCUCCAAGCCCGUACUCACGGGCACGCACCCCGUGAACACAACGGUGGACUUCGGGGGCACGACGUCCUUCCAGUGCAAAGUGCGCAGCGACGUGAAGCCAGUGAUCCAGUGGCUGAAGCGUGUGGAGUAUGGCGCUGAGGGCCGCUACAACUCCACCAUUGACGUGGGCGGCCAGAAGUUCGUGGUGCUGCCCACGGGUGACGUGUGGUCGCGGCCCGACGGCUCCUACCUCAACAAGCUGCUCAUCACCCGCGCGCGGCAGGACGACGCGGGCAUGUACAUCUGCCUGGGAGCCAACACCAUGGGCUACAGCUUCCGCAGUGCCUUCCUCACCGUGCUGCCGGACCCAAAGCCGCCGGGGCCACCCAUGGCCCCCUCGUCCUCGUCCACCAGCCUCCCGUGGCCAGUGGUCAUCGGCAUCCCGGCCGGCGCUGUCUUCAUCCUGGGCACCGUGCUCCUGUGGCUCUGCCAGGCCAAGAAGAAGCCGUGUGCACCCACACCGGCCCCUCUUGUGCCUGCACACCGCCCGUCUGCACCCGUCCGAGACCGCGGCGGGGACAAGGACCUGUCUGCACCGGCCGCCCUGGGCACCACCCCUGGCAUGGGGCUGUGUGAGGAGCUUGGGCCCCCGGUGGCUGCCCAGCACCUGCUGGGCCCAGGCUCAGCUGCUGGCCCCAAGCUCUACCCCAAACUCUACACGGACGUGCACACGCACACGCACACGCACUCACACACACACUCGCACGUGGAGGGCAAGGUCCACCAGCACCAGCACAUCCACUACCAGUGCUAGACAGUGCUGCCUCUCGGGGUGCCAGCCCACUCGAGCUGCAGUGCCACAGGGUGGGCAUGUGGAGGCAGGCGGGGCAGAGGGCCACGGAGGGGGAUGGACACAGGCGAGAGGCAUGGCCAGCACCCUGGGCGCCAUGUGUGAGGCGCGCGCACACACACACACACACUGACACCUGCAGACAUACACACACACUGACACACUCAGGCCGAGCACCUUAGGGAAGGUCUGUGUUUGUAACUUUGCAGUGCGCAUGUAGCAAUGGGCUAGUAGAUGAAGGAAGGCCUUGGCCCUGGUGAGGAGAAUUUCAUGGGGGCCAUGGCCACCCCUGGCCUGGCAGGAGAUCUGAGAGGCACCCUGGCUUUGCAAACCAAAAACCCCGACCCCUGCCCUGUGCCUGCCUGCCUGUGUCCCUGCCCAGGCCUCGGCAGGCGGGAGGCUAUUUUUGCCACCACCUGUCUUGGGUGUCCAGGAGUCCACCUGGGCCGGGGGGUCGGGCAUAGCAGUUCCAGGCCCAGUCCUGAGAGGCUGGAGCCUAGGGAGGGGUGAAUCCCGCCUCACCCAGCCUCCCACUGCCAGAGAGAAGGGGCCCUUGAUAUUUAUAUUUAAGAAAUUAAGAUAAUAAUAUUAAUAAUGAUGAGGGCUGGGCUGCAGAGACCGACCUGGCCUUGUGGCCAUGCUGGAUGUCCAGCUUGGGGCCGGGCACCCUUCACUCCACUGCCUGUGGUGGCCGCAGACCUCUGUAAGUUUAUAGAGUUUGAGCUGAA